AGAGUUACAACUGAAAAGUGCUUGGAUUAUGUUAUCUGCCUAAUCAACUUCACGACAAUCAAUAUCCUUUACAAAUAGUGUUCGUUUUUUUAUCAGUUAGAAAGCAUAUUUUUCUAGCUCCAUAUCCAGUUUCAAAAUCACUUGGAAUAUUUCAAUUUUGAUAUAAUGUGUUUUGCUUUAAUAAGAUAACUAAAAUUUUGUCAAGAGUUAUAAACCUGUAAUUUUAUUUGAUUACCUAAUUUAUUUCUUCAAGUUGGACAAAAAUACACUUUUCCUCUAUGACUUCUAAUUCACUGAAGAAUAUUUGAUAAUGGGCUUCAUCGCAUUCAAUCAUAUUUUAGACAUUUUGCCAAGUAUUAUGAACUUGCCUUAUUCACAAAUGGUAUUAUUUUUCAAAGGGUAUGUCGAAUCCUCAGAAAUAAGUCUGGAACCUCACCAAAAUCAAUCCUGUUAAAUUGUCCUGAACAAAUCUACUAUUUAAACACAUUCCAACUAGAUAUUUUCAUUUGAAAAUUUUCCAUUUUAAGCUUUUGACAUCUGAUGAUCAGACAAAAAAAUUUUAAUUUGCUUUCUGAAUUGAAUAAAGAUUAUUCGUCAAAUCAAUGUCCAUCUUGAACAUUUUGCAUUGCCAAAUUUAGGUUUAAUCUUCAAUCUCUUACAACACAAAUUUCACUGUUGAACGUGAACCAAUUCAAAAUGUAUUCAAUAUUUCAUAUUCGAAAAUAGUAUUUCAGGAUGCAUAUAUGUUUUAUAAUUUUGGCCAUCUGAGUAAAGCAAGCAUUAUCUUACUUGUACUCCUUAACUAUAUUGAACACAGAUAUUGGAUGCAGGCGCACCCAGUCAAUCUAAUUGUAAGUCUUUUAUUAUUAAAUCAUGAUCAUUUCUGUUUGUUUUUCUUCAAUUUUUUAGAUAUGUUUUAAUUGAUAAUGCAAACUAUGUAUGUUAACCUAGUGUUGAUAAGCAUUUUGAUCAGCACCACAUUUGGCAAUGAUAUGAAAUUGCUAGAUCCUCUGGUGCAUCUUCAUAAUGUCAAGAGUUAUACAACUGUUGGAGAACAAACAACUGCUGUGCAACAAUUACUGAAAAGGAUUAUUGGAGAUAGGAGCAAUGAUUUUCAAGUUGAUGUCAAUUUAACAACAAGUUCAGGAAAUGACAUUGUUAUAAUCACUAAUCCCAGCGUCGGUAAAAUUAAGAUAUCUGGAACAAGUGGAGUUGCGGUUGCUUUUGGAUUCAACCAUUAUCUCAAAUAUUAUUGCAACAAAUCAAUAACAUGGGCAGAAGAUAAUUUAUUUGAUCUUCCUGAUCCACUACCAUCUUUAAAAUCAGGAAAAUUGGAGUUAAAUGCUGGAGUAAAAUAUAGAUAUUAUCAGAAUGUAUGCACCGUCAGUUACUCUUCUGUGUGGUGGAAUUGGACAAGAUGGGAGAGAGAAAUCGAUUGGAUGGCUUUAAACGGCGUGAAUCUUCCUUUGGCAUUUACUGGACAAGAAGCAAUAUGGAGACGAGUUUAUAAACAAUUUGGUUGCACGGAUCAAGAUCUGGCAAACCAUUUUGCUGGUCCUGCUUUCCUUGCAUGGGGAAGGAUGGGCAAUGUUGAUGGAUGGGGAGGCCCUUUGCCAACAUCUUGGAUUGAGAACCAGUUGGCAUUGCAGCAUAAAAUUCUUACAAGAAUGAGAUCUCUCGGUAUUAUUCCUGUUCUACCAGGAUUUGCUGGCCAUAUUCCUGAAGCAAUCACUAAGCUAUAUAAGGUUAAUGCUACAAGACUGUCAUCCUGGUCAUAUUUCAACUGUACAUACUCAUGUACUUACUUGCUGGAACCUACAGAUCCUUUAUUUAUGAAAAUCGGGAAAAUGUUUAUUGAGGAGCAAAUAAAAGAAUAUAAUGGCACAAAUCAUAUAUAUAAUGCUGAUAUGUUCAAUGAAAUGACACCAAGGUCUAGUGAUACAACUUAUCUAUCUGAAACAUCUGCUGCUGUGUUCAAUGCAAUGAAGGCUACAGAUAAAGACGCUAUUUGGUUAAUGCAAGGAUGGUUAUUCAGGAACACUGCAUUCUGGAAACCUGACCAAGAAAAAGCACUUUUAACUGGAGUUCCUCUGGGCAAAAUGAUUGUUCUUGACCUAUUUUCUGAAUCAUCACCAGAAUAUGCACCAACACAUUCAUAUUAUGGUCAACCAUUUAUCUGGUGCAUGCUACAUAAUUUUGGCGGCAAUACUGGUUUUUAUGGAAAGAUAGAUACCAUAAAUAAGGGUCCUGCUGCUGCACUUGCUUUUAUGAACUCAACUAUGAUAGGAACAGGUUUAACUCCAGAAGGAAUAAAUCAAAAUUAUAUAAUGUACGAUCUAAUGUUGGAAGUUGGAUAUUUUAUAACUCCAAGAAAUAUUACUGAUUGGGUGAACCGAUUUGUUGUACGAAGGUACGCUUCCGACAAUUCACAUCUUCAACAUGCCUGGUCCCAAUUGGCUGCUACCAUAUAUAAUGAUACAACUCCUGGUUAUCCAACAAAGCGUACAAUACGUGGUCCCAUCGUCGACAGACCCACGACAAACUUACCAGAAUUUCCGAGAUGGUAUGACCAGAAAAGUUUGCUUACAAUAUGGGAUGAGUUCAUGAUGGGUUUGGAAGAUGUUGCUCCUAUACCAACUGUUAAAUAUGAUGCUGUUGAUAUAACAAGACAAAUGUUGCAAUACUAUCACUUCGAUGCUCAAUAUGCUUUGAUAACAGCAUUCAAUAAUAAAGAUGAAGCUGGUGUGAAUCACGCGGCACAUAUAUUGCUAGAUGUUAUAGACUACAUGGAUGAAAUAUUAACAACAGAGCAACAUUUUCUGAUGGGAAAAUGGGUCAAAGAUGCUCGAAAUAUGGGAACAAAUGAAGCAGAGAAAGACCUGUAUGAAUACAAUGCAAGAAAUCAGGUAACAUUGUGGGGUCCAGCUGGAGAAAUCCAUGAUUACGCAAGUAAAGAGUGGGGAUCAUUGAUGAAAUAUUAUUACAAGCCUCGUUGGUCUUUAUUUGUUGAUCGUGUGAAAGAAUGUGUACGAACUGGAUCACAUUUCAAUCAUGGAAAAUUUUCUCAGGAUGUUUUUAAUCAAGUCGAACAACCUUUCACUAUGGAUCAAACAUUGAUGCCAUAUGAUCCCAUAGGUGAUCCAAUAGCUGUGGCACAGAAAAUUUAUAAGAUAUAUCGAGGGCAAGGUUUCUUGAACAACAAACCGAAAUGAUAUUUUGACUUCUACUUCAUCACUAAUUAUCUUUCGAGUGCAAUAUUUCAUUUUUUACUCAUUUUUGUGCCAAUCAGCUAAAUACUCCCCAAGUUAUGAGUAAUUAUUUAAUCGACUUGUUCUGACUCGUGCUGUAUUCCCAAGUUAUAGUGUAAAAAUUUACUAAUUUCUGGAUACAUCCAGUCUUUAUACAUGAACUUUUCAGUGUUGGGUGCUUGUUCAUUUUCAAUUUCCUUUUUGGUGCAAUUUUUCAUUUUUUUACUCAGCUUUGUGUCGAUUAGUUAAUAUCUAACUAAUAUACUUGUUUAGAUUUCUACUGUAUUUUUUGUUAUGUUCAAGUGAACAAUUUAUACUCAAUUCUUGACUCUAGGAAUCUUUUUUAUACAUAUACGUUUUGUAGUGUUUGGUACUUUAACCAGAGCCAUGAAGUUAUCUUGACACUUUUGCUCACUUCAUCCAGAAAACAAACUUACAAUAAAUUCAAAUCAUGACGGAA